ACGUGAGCCACCCCGCCCGGCCAGAAUAUAAGAAAGUUCUUCUAAAUCGGGAAUGGAUUGAAAUCUAAAUGAGCACGAACUUGGGGUACUUCAGCCUUCAAGGGGCUCCUUUAUGGAGGAUCGAUGUCUUCUCCUAGGUAAUUGAUCACCGUAGACCCAGGGACACCCAAUUCAUCGUUGAGGGAGGAUAAUCAUCAUGAAUAAUCAAAAGGCAGUGGCUGCGCUACUGCAAGAGUGCAAGCAAGUGCUGGACCAGCUUCUGUUGGAGGCGCCAGAUGUGUCGGAGGAGGACAAGAGCGAGGACCAGCGGUGCAGAGCUUCACUCCCCAGCGAGUUAAGAACCCUGCUCCAGGAGGCAAAGGAAAUGAAGUGGCCCUUCGUGCCCGAGAAGUGGCAGUACAAACAAGCCGUGGGCCCAGAGGACAAAACAAACCUGCAGGAUGUGAUCGGCGCUGGCUUGCAGCAGUUACUGGCGACUCUGCGGGCCUCCAUCCGCGCCCGGGACUGCGUGGCCGCGGCCGCCGUGGUGUUCCUGCUGGACCGGUGUCUCUACGGGCGCGACGUCUCCGCGGCGCUGCUGCAGGUCGCCAAGGGUCUGCACACGCUGCAGCCCGCGACGCCCAUCGCCCCGCAGGUGGUCAUUCGCCAAGCCCGCGUCGCCGCCAACUCAGGGAAACUUUUGAAAGCAGAGUAUAUUCUGAGCAGUCUGAUAAGCAACAAUGGAGCAACAGGUAGCUGGCUUUACAGAAAUGAAAGUGACAAGGUCCUGGUGCAGUCAGUCUGCAUACAGAUCAGAGGGCAGAUUCUGCAAAAGCUAGGGAUGUGGUAUGAAGCAGCAGAGUUAAUAUGGGCUUCCAUCGUGGGAUAUUUGACCCUUCCCCGGCCAGAUAAAAAGGGCAUUUCCACGUCACUAGGUAUACUGGCAGACAUCUUUGUUUCCAUGAGCAAGACAGAUUACGGAAAGUUUAAAGACAAUCCACAAGUUAACUUGGGCCUGCUGAAGGAGUUUGACCACCAGCUGCUGUCGGCCGCAGAAGCCUGCAAGCUGGCGGCUGCCUUCAGCGCCUACACGCCCCUCUUCGUGCUCACAGCUGUGAAUAUCCGAGGCACGUGCUUGUUGUCAUACAGUAGUUCUAAUGACUGUCCUCCAGAAAUGAAAAAUUUGUAUCUGUCUGAAGCCAAAGAGGCCUUUGAAAUCGGCCUCCUCACCAAGAGGAGAGAUGAGCCUGUUACCGGAAAACAGGAACUUCACAGUUUUGUCAAAGCUGCUUUUGGUCUCACCACGGUGCACAGAAGACUCCAUGGGGACACAGGGACAGUCUGUGCGGCCAGUCAGCUCUGUAGGGAAGCUAUGGAGAAGCUGUACACUUUCAGUACUUCCUCCAGAAGUCAGGACAGAGAAGCUUUGUCUCAAGAAAUCAUGUCUGUGGUUGCCCAGGUGAAGGACCAUUUACAAGUUCAAAGCUUCUCAAAUUUAGAUGACAGAUCUUAUGUUCCAGAGAGUUUCAAGUGCAGGUUGGAUGAACCCAUCUUGCAUGGGCGAGUGGAUUUCCAAAAUAUCCUUGAAACCUAUUCACAGCACCAUACUUCAGUGUGUGAGGUAUUUGAAAGCACUUGUAGAGACAGCAAAAAUAAGCAGAAAGAUGCAAAAACAGGAAUCUGUAUCACUGCUCUAAAAACAGAAACAAAAAACAUAGAUACUGUGAGUACUACUCAAGACAGACCAUGCUCUCAAAAAGGUAUGGGAAUAGCUUCCUCUCACAUGGCUAAAAAUAGUCAGGAGACACUCAGAAGGGUAGGAAGGAGAAACUGGACCCAUUCUGAUGCAUUUCAAGUGUCCCUGGACCAAGAUGUAGAGGCUGAGACGGAGCCACCAGGCCACAGCUAUGGUGAGGGAGCUGUUUUGAACAAGUCUCUGAGUGACAGCCAGAGCUCAAGCUCGUGGAGCAAGUUAUCAGGGUUUAGUUCUUCUGCAAGCUGGGAGGAAGUGAAUUAUCACAUUGAUGAUAGGUCACCAGGAAAAGAACCUAGCAAAGAAGAACACCUUGUGGACACGCAGUGUUCCACUGCCUUGUCGGAGGAGCUGGAGAAGGAUAGGGAAGGUAGAGCUGUGCAUUCGUCGUGUUCAGAGCUUUGUGGUCUCUCUCUCCAGGAGGACAAUUCAGAGUCUUCUCAAAGCCAACUGCACAAACACAUGCCCUUGACAACCUUCCCUCCUCACGAUACAACAGGCACAUUCUUGGCAUCUGCUGCAGGCCUGUUGGAAGGAGCUCCAGAAGGUAUCCAGGAAGUCAGAAAUGUUGGACCGAGAACUACUUCUGCUCACCUCAGACCCUCAUGUGGUUUUGCUUCUUGGUCUUCUGAUUCUGGUGGGCUCAAGGAGAUGGUCACAAAUCCUUCAGUUCAAGAAGAAACCUUUGAAAUAAUUGAUGAGUUUCUAGAAACUAACUGUGAUGCCAAAGACAGGCAUAGGGAAGAGAAGGAAGAAGAAAUCAAUGAAAGAAGCACAGGCCCUACAUGGAAAGGUAGCCCCUCCCAGGUUGGGCCAGAAGGAGAAACAGCAGAAGGCACAGAAGAUGCACCCUUUGACUUUCAUAUAGUCAUGGACAAUGCUCUGGGCAACAGUUCCAUAAUGGCAGCAUGUAGCUCUUUCACUCCUCAUUGGCCUGUUCAAAAUCCUGACUCAGGAAAGAGUGGUGGUUCAGUUAGAGAGCAGGGCAUUGACCCCGAUGCCUCCACUGUGGACGAGAAGCGCCAAGUGCUUGGCAGCACAGAUGUUCACUCCACGGGCGGAUGUGGCUCUCAUAGACUGUGUGCUCUGAGACAGCCACGUGGUCUGAGUGCUGAGACCCCCAAUUCCUCUGUGAGCAGUAACAUUCUCUUCCCCAUCCUCAAUGAGGACUGCACUACCACCGAGGAGGGAAACGAACCUGGAAACAUGCUAAACUGUAGUCAGAACUCCAGCUCAUCCUUGGCGUGGUGGUUGAGAUCACCUGCAUUUUCCAGUGGUUCUUCUGAGGGGGAAAGCCCGUGGUCCUAUGUGAAUUCCAGUGGGAGUUCUUUUGUUUCCCUGCCGGGAAAGACAAAGCAGGAGAUCCUUGAGGCUCGCACCUUGCAGCCUGAUGACUUUGAAAAACUCUUGGCAGGAGUGAGUCAUGACUGGCUGUUUCAGAGGCUGGAGGAUACAGGAGUUUUUAAGCCCAGCGAACUCCACCGAGCACACACUGCUCUUUUGUUAAAAUAUUCCAAAAAAUCUGAACUAUGGACAGCCCAGGAAACUGCUGUGUAUCUGGGGGACUACCUGGCUGUGAAGAAGAAAGGCAGACAAAGAAAUGCUUUCUGGGUUCACCAUCUUCAUCAAGAAGAAAUUCUGGGGAGAUAUGUUGGGAAAGAAUACAAGGAGCAGAAGGGGCUCUGGCACCACUUCACUGAUGUGGAGCGGCAGAUGACCGCGCAGUACUAUGUGACAGAAUUUAACAAGAGACUCUAUGAACGGAACAUUCCAACACAGAUCUUCUACAUCCCAUCCACAAUAUUACUGGUAAGAUUAAAGAAAUCAAGGGUUGGUUCAACAGGCUGUUGGGUGACCGGUAACGGGAAAGGGCUCAUCUACCUCACAGACCCCCAGAUUCACUCUGUUGGUCAGAAAGAUGUCACUACCAAUUUUGGAAAGAGAGGAAUUUUUUACUUCUUUAAUAACCAGCAUGUGGAGUGCAAUGAAAUAUGCCAUCGUCUUUCUCUGACCAGACCUUCCAUCGAGAAACCAAACAAGUCGUAGACUGACUACCCGGAUCGGAAAUGCGACAGACCUUAGUGACGCUCACCAGAUAUCGAACUCUCUUCUCCUUCCAGGCACAUAAAAUACGGCACAGACUGAUCCCUUUGGGCUUGGGUGAGGCUGUGGUACCGAUUCUGGCCAAUGAUUUGUGAGAGGAAUUGGCGAGUGUCACUUUCAGGCCUGCAUUUCAUUGCCACCGUAAGAUCCCGCAGACUCUCUUCCCUGUGCCUCAGUUACCAAGGACGCAUCGGGAGGUGCUUUUGCUAUGGA